AUGUUGCAAUUUAACACGCAGCAAGGGUUUCCUUUCCUAAAACACAAUGGCAGAGAAAGGGAAACACCAAGUGUCCUCCUGCAGCUUGACAAGGGGAAGGAAAAUGAAGGCAUCAAUGUAGACAAGCAAAGCAGCUUUUCUGCUACCACUCCAUUGAACACCCAGCCCCUAGUGCUCCUAGGACCUGAAGGGAAUAACAACUAUUAUGUGGAUGAUGAAGAUGAGGAAGAGGAAGAGAAAGAAAUAGGAAAAUGGCUAAGCGGAGGCACAGUUCAGGGAGAAAAGCAGCCUUCAUCAUCCAUUCCUUGCUCCUCAUUCAUCCCUUCCUCUGGACCCCCAGCUUCCACUUCGUCUGUGCUGAAUAUCAAUGUUGGUGGCCAGAGCUAUCGCCUCGCCUACCAGGCAGUGGCCGUCUAUCCCAAGACCCGUCUGGGCCGCCUGGCUACCUCCACUGACCGCUGCUGCCAGCUGGGCCUGUGUGAUGACUAUGCUGCCCAGGUGGAUGAGUAUUUCUUUGAUCGGGACCCAGCCGUCUUCCAAUUGGUGUACAACUUCUAUGCCUCAGGGGUGCUGCGUGUGCGGGAGGAGCUGUGCCCCUGCAGCUUCCUGGAGGAGCUGAGCUACUGGGGCGUGCGACUCAAAUACACACCUCGCUGCUGCCGCAUCUGCUUUGAGGAGCGCCGUGAGGAGCUGAGAGAGCAGCUGAAGGUCCAGCGUGAGCUGCGCUCCCAGGCAGAGAUUCAGGAGAAUGAGCACCUCUUCCACCACAUGCGCUACUAUGGUCCCCAGCGCUGGCGUCUCUGGAAUCUCAUGGAGAAGCCCUUCUCCUCUGUCACUGCCAAGGUGAUGGCAGUGGCCUCCAGCUUCUUUGUGCUCAUCUCUGUCGUGGCCCUGGCACUCAACACAGUUGAGGAGAUGCAGCAGGUAGACCAGAAGAGUGGAGAGAGCCGGCCUGUCCUGGAGCACAUUGAGACUCUGUGCAUCGCAUUCUUCACACUGGAGUACCUGCUGCGCUUGGUCUCUACCCCAGACCUGCGACGCUUUGCCAGCAGCGCCCUCAAUGCAGUAGACCUCAUUGCCAUCCUGCCUCUCUACCUGCAGCUGCUGCUCGAAUGCUUCGCUGAUGAUGACCAGCCCCGAGGACGGGGUUCUCAACAUGAGCACGAUAUUGAGAAGGUGGGACGAGUGGGCAAGGUGGGACAAGUGCUUCGCAUCAUGCGCCUCAUGCGCAUCUUCCGCAUCCUCAAGCUGGCCCGACACUCCACAGGGCUGCGUGCCUUUGGCUUUACCUUACGACAGUGUUACCAGCAAGUGGGCUGCCUUUUGCUCUUCAUUGCCAUGGGUAUCUUUGCUUUCUCUGCCAUGGUCUACACAGUGGAGCAUGAUGUCUCCAGUACCAACUUCACCAGCAUCCCCCAUGCUUGGUGGUGGGCUGCGGUCAGCAUCUCUACAGUGGGAUAUGGAGACAUGUGUCCAGAAACCCACCUUGGCCGCUUGUUUGCUUUCCUCUGCAUUGCUUUUGGAAUCAUCCUGAACGGCAUGCCCAUCUCCAUUCUCUACAACAAAUUCUCAGACUACUACAGCAAGCUGAAGGCCUAUGAGUACACAGCUCUCAAGAAAGAAAGGGGGAAGGUGGACUUCACACGGAGAGCCAUGAAAAAAAUAUCUGAAUGCUGUGGAGAAGGUGCAGACCACCCUUUGUCACAGCACUGA